CAAAUUUCUACUUCACGGAUCCGCUUCAAAGAGGCAGCUGCAGUGGAGAAUCAUGUUAAGCUCGGCUACUGCGGAGAGCCCAAGGUAGCCCAAUGAUGGAUUUUGAUGAGCGUGGUCCCUGCUCCUCUAACAUGUAUUUGCCAAGUUGUACUUACUACGUCUCGGGUCCAGAUUUCUCCAGCCUCCCUUCUUUUCUGCCCCAGACCCCGUCUUCGCGCCCAAUGACAUACUCCUACUCUUCCAACCUGCCCCAGGUCCAACCCGUGCGCGAAGUGACCUUCAGAGAAUACGCCAUUGAGCCCGCCACUAAAUGGCACCCCCGCGGCAAUCUGGCCCACUGCUACUCCGCGGAGGAGCUCGUGCACAGAGACUGCCUGCAGGCGCCCAGCGCGGCCGGCGUGCCUGGCGACGUGCUGGCCAAGAGCUCGGCCAACGUCUACCACCACCCCACCCCCGCCGUCUCGUCCAAUUUCUAUAGCACCGUGGGCAGAAACGGCGUCCUGCCCCAGGCUUUCGACCAGUUUUUCGAGACGGCCUACGGCACCCCGGAAAACCUCGCCUCCUCCGACUACCCCGGGGACAAGACCACCGAGAAGGGGGCCCCGGCGGCCGCGGCGACCUCCGCGGCGGCGGCGGCGGCGGCGGCAGCAGCGGCCACGGGCACGCCGGCAACUUCAAGUUCGGACAGCGGCGCCGGCGGCUGCCGGGAGGCGGCGGCGGCGGAGGAAAAGGAGCGGCGGCGGCGCCCCGAGAGCAGCAGCAGCCCCGAGUCGUCUUCCGGCCACACUGAGGACAAGGCCGGCGGCUCCAGUGGCCAGCGAACCCGAAAAAAGCGCUGCCCCUACACCAAGUACCAGAUCCGGGAGCUGGAGCGGGAGUUCUUUUUCAGCGUGUACAUCAACAAAGAGAAGCGCCUGCAGCUGUCUCGCAUGCUCAACCUCACCGACCGUCAAGUCAAAAUCUGGUUUCAGAACAGGAGAAUGAAGGAAAAAAAAAUUAACAGAGACCGUUUACAGUACUACUCAGCCAACCCACUCCUCUAAGGCUCCAGCCAGCCGGAAUUGGGUGGGGGCUUCCUUCACAGGAGAUUCUAUGCAGAUUUUGCCCUUGACAAGGUCAAGGCACGCGGUGACUUUUGAAGAAAGGAGCUGUGCACGAGAGGGGAGGCUACGUGGAGAUAGCCCCAAGCAGGCCGCCGGGACUCUUCCGGGGCAUCUGUGGUUAAGAUUCCUAAUGAUAAUUAGGUUCGGAGGAUUGUGCCUCAACUAGAAUGAAUGGUUUGGGACCCCUGGUGGUUCACUCUUGGAGACUCUGGCGCUUGGGGCUGGGUGUGGUCUCCAUCCGGGACUGGGCCCCCUGCCAGGCCCCCUGGAGAUCGACCCCUGCCCAGGACCCUCCACGAGGAGCCUGCCCAUCCCCAGGACUGCUGUGUCCAGAUCUCCAAAGCCAACUCAGCUUGGGGACAGGAGCAGAAGGAAGGGGGUGGCUUCCUAGAUGCCCAGAUUGGGGCUGCUUUCCAAAGGCAAUGUGAAAGGUGAACUAAGAGGGUGAAUGCGAGUGGGGAGAGGGCUGCUGAGCCUUGAGGGGAAAAUAAUCUGCUAUUCUAGGUGGCAUCAGUGGCUCCCCACCCCUCCUAGCCACUCACCGAACUGUCCCAGGCCUGAGCUUCUAGCAGUUGCCUUCUGCAGCCCACCUAGUUUUUCCUACCAAGGAGAGGAGACCCGCCACUCCGGCCUAAAGCCUGGUCCCAGAGCAGACCGUUCCGAGGUGGAAGACAUCAAAAAUCCAAGAGGCUGCACCCAGGCCGCCGGCCGGCCGCCGAGAUCUCUGCAGGAAAUGCCUGUGGAGCCCGGCAGCUUGGCAAAGUCUACACCACACUUCAUUCAAGCUUGGAUUUGCUCGGUGGAGCAGCGGGCCUGGCCAGCAGUCCCAGCUCUGAGGGGGCUCAAGUCCCCCACACACCCAGUUCCUGCACCAUACUCUGCCCUUCACCACCCCAGAACUGAGCUUGGAAGCUUCUGGUGACCUUCCAAGAGCUCCAGAGUGAUUUGGAAUUAUUUUAAAAGAUAAAUAUUAUAUUAUAUAUAUAUAUAUUUCCC